AUGACCACUGCAGGGUCAGGGUCGGAGAAGACUUCAGUGCAAGUGGCACUGCGUAUCAGACCUAUUACAACAGCUGACUUGGCAAAUCUACCGACUCGAUUCCAACGGCAAGUUCUUACUAUUCCACCAAAUACUCAAAAUCAGGUUGUAGUUCAAGCUGAAAAAAAACCCACGUUUUCAUAUGAUCAUGUAUUUGGGCCGGACACAACGCAAAAAGAGGUCUACGAAGCAGCUGUUCUUAAUUUGGUUGACAAAUUUAUGGAAGGGUACAAUGUGACUAUUCUAGCGUAUGGACAAACAUCAUCCGGGAAAACAUUCACAAUGGGAACAGCAGACAAUACAUCACAGUCACCAGAAACAAAAGGCAUUAUUCCGCGAGCUAUGGCAACAGUUUUCUCUCAUAUGAACUCGCCAAAAUAUAAGAAUCGACGAUUUACAACCAAGGUAUCAUUUAUUGAAAUAUACAAUGAAGAAUUAAUAGAUCUUUUGGGAGAAUCAUAUGGAGAGGAACGACCGCAAGUAACAAUCAGAGAAGACACAAAGGGAAAAAUUAUAUGGAACGGAUUACAAGAAUUCAAAGUUAAUUCUGCUGAUGAAGUAAUGAGCCACUUGACGAGAGGUUCACUUAAUCGUCAAGUGGGAGCAACAGAUAUGAAUGCUCAAUCAUCGCGAUCGCACGCAAUAUUCUCUGUUACUCUCACUCAACAAAAACAAGUCUCAUCCGGCGGAGCGAAUCCUGUGUCUUCUCUUGCUCAAUCGGGAAUCGUGCGGCCAUCUACACCAACUCGAUUACAACCACCGACAAGGGCAAGUUCUCGAAUUGGGAAGAGACCCGAAGAAGAAGGGAAUUGGGUCACUAUCACCAGCAAAUUUCAUUUCGUGGAUUUGGCCGGCAGUGAAAGGUUAAAACGCACAUCAGCAGUCGGUGAACGUGCAAAAGAAGGGAUAUCUAUCAACUCCGGUUUACUCGCAUUAGGAAAUGUAAUAUCUGCUCUGGGCGAUCCCAACAAAGCAAAACAUACAACUCAUAUUCCGUAUCGGGACUCGAAACUCACCCGUUUGUUACAAGACUCACUCGGUGGAAACGCACAAACACUCAUGAUUGCGUGCGUAUCACCUGCAGAAUAUAAUCUUAACGAAACAAUAAAUACACUUAAAUACGCUAAUAGAGCUCGUAACAUCAAGAAUACGGCGUCGGUCAAUCAGGAAGAAGUAGGAUGGCAUGACUUAGAACAUUUACAGAGUUUAGUACUUAAAUUAAGAGCAGAGAUUAAAUCAUUAAAAGCUGGAGGCGUUAGCGAACCAGGCGCUAGUGUUACACCACCAAGCGCCGGUCAAGAUAAUUUAUUACAAUUACGCCGAGCUUCUGUAUCUUCAAGCGCAGGCUCAACUAGUGGUCAGAAAAAUGCUGACAUAGAUGCAUACGAAGAACAAUUGAUGGAACUACGGCAAUCAUAUUUUGAAUUAUCACAAAAAUAUGCAAAGCUAAACGCUGAACUUGCCAAGCAUCAAGAUAAUGCCGUGAACGCAGAUGGUGAGAUGCCAAAUGGUAAUCUUGCCGUCGGGAAAGAGGAUGAUGAUCGAAUCUCUCUCAGACAUGCCUCUGCUAGUUUUCAAGCCGCUGUGGAACCUGUAAUAGAAGAAUAUGAAAGGUCAAUCUCUGCAUUAGAAAGUCGACUUGCCAUCGCUCAAGCUGCUCUCAACCACUCUGAAAAUUUACUUCUCGCACAAGAAAGCAAGAUCGAACAAGCUAAACAAACCAUCGAACAAAAUGGUAAUCUGAUUGCCGAUCUCGGAAGUAAGCUGGGUAAAUUAAAAGAACGGGAGGCGUCGGCUGAGUUAUAUAUCAAGGAUCUUGAGAAUAAGCUAGAACGCCAUGCCGACGAACAGAAAAAAGACCAGGAUCUAAUUACUGAUCUGCGAUCGAAAAUCAACCAAAUGAAAAAUAAUGGGUCUAACAGCGAAGGUUAUAUUCAAGAUCUCGAGACAAGAUUGUCUAAGAGUGAAGAGGCUCGACAACAACUUGUUCAAACUUGUGAACGUUUAGAGAAGAGACUCCAGCGACAAGAAGAAUCGUAUCAGGAAUUGGAAGAUAGAUUGAAAGAAGCAGAUGUCGAAGCAGACAAACAGACGCUACUUAAUGCCCUUACUGAUCGUAACCGUCGCAUAACCCAGUUAGAAAAGAAAGUCGAGGAGCUUAUAAAUGAAGUAGAAAAGCUUAGAAAACUCAAGGAGCACGAACACGACCACGACCACGUCUCUCACAAUAGAUCUAUAUCGACUUCUUCGAUCAUUAGUGACGUUGAUAAAGACACACCAUUUACCACGCCAACAACUUCCAAAGCUGCAACGCCCACAAAUGAACGGGAUAACUCCUCCAACGCGGAGCUCGAAGGAAAGUUAGCCGACCUUCAACGGAUUCACGGUGCCACGGUUGCAGAAUACAUGGAUGUCAAAACAAAGUACCAAGCGUGCCUUGAUGAAAUAGCUGAUCUACAGUCACAGCUUCAAGAAGCAAAAAUGAUGGCAGUUGAAUUACCAAACAUGUCAACUCCUCGAAAUUCUUUCACUCUUAAAUCAUCCUCUGGAGAACAGCAAGCAGAUGGACGGCCGCAGCCUCGUAGAGCAAGGUCUCUGGGUACGGAAAUUCGCGGCGCCGAGGAUUAUGAGCUUAAUGCUACUGCAUUGCUUAAUAAGUUGCAAGGCGAUCAUUUGCAAGACGUUGAAGCAAUAAAGGAAGAGUUUGCGCACUUACAAGCUAGUCAUCGUGAAGCUUUGCAAAUCAUUGAGAAACUAAAAGAAGAGAUCAAAUUAAAUAAGGAUAAGCAUAUUAAUGGUCUCACGUCUGCUGAAACAGGUGAAGUCGCUGCUCGAUUUGAUUUGGUCAAAGAGUUGGCCAAGGAGGUCAAUUCUCUAAAAGAGCGACAACGGUUGGUUGAGUCUCUAGCCGAGCAAAGGAAGAGUAAUGAUGUACUAGUGUUAGAGAGUGAGAUAGAAACAUUAAAAGGUCAGCUACACUCUGCUAUUAAAGAGAAGGAAGCUGCGAUGAAUGUCAAAAUUAACGACGACGCUGUCGAUGGACUAGAGUCUAAGAUAAAGGAAAUGGAGGAGAAACUUUUAGAAGCGAAUAAGGCAAACCAGCAAGCUUUCGAGUCGCAAUCCGAAGAAAUGCAAGCUUCACUUCGCCAAAACAUGAAAAAUCUCGAAAAAGAAAUUGAAAUAAAAAACCGGACUAUUAAUUCCUUAUUACUACCCUUCAUGCAACAACAAGAUACAAUAAAGCGUCUGGAGAGCGAACUUCAAGAAGCAAGGGAGCAAUAUCGUUUGUCUUUAGAGUCCGUUAAUGAAGAUGCCGCAAAAUCUGAUGAGUUCACUGAUCAAGCAGCGGAAAAUCAAUCUGAUGCAGCCGAGAAGCUUCGACAAAUGGAAGAGAAAAUUAAGUCAUUAGAGUCCCAACUUGAUAGCUCAAAAGCGUCACAGACCUCCCCAAAUUCUUCAGACGUCGCACAGAAAACUGUCGAUUCACUCAAGGAAAAGCUUUCCGCAUUGGAAGGAGAACUUGCUGCCAAAUCGACAACUGAUGACAAUUUGCAAACACAACAGGAAACUAUUGCCUCUCUUCAAACACAUCUUGACGAACUUAAUGCAGAUAUAAAACGAAAGCAUGACGUUAUUGAAGUACUAAAACGUGAUCUGCUUGAUAAGAACAUUAUACAGAAGCAAUUGUUAGAAAAAGAGGAAGAGGCAGAAGAGUUAAAAGAGAAACUCAGGAAGGCUCAAGAGAGCGAAGAAAAUCUAGUGAAAGAAAUGCAAGAACUAAAAACACAGCUCGAAGCCGAUCUCGCACUAUCACGCAAAUCAAAGGAUGAAGUGGACAAAGACUUGCAAGAUUUGAAAGAUGCAUUCGAAACUCAGUCGCAGUUGGUUGUCAAGCUAGAAAGUGAGAUUGAAAUUUUACAAAAAGAAUUAUAUAAUACUAGAAAUAAUUCUGAGUCUGGUUCAGACGAGUUGAACGAACUCAGCAGGGUACUUAAUAAGACUCUGCAACAAAAAGAAGAACUUGAGGUUAUGGUUAAGCAAUUAGAGGACGAGAUCUCAACAGUAUUAGCCGAAAAUGAAAAAGCAGCUCGCGAGCAACUUAACAAUAGUAAACUUGAAAUGCAAGCAUUGAACGAUAUUCUGACAGAACUUGAGAAUCAACUAUCUACUACCGAAAGACAAAGGGACGAGUCCUUACAGCGUAGUGAUGAGCUUACGAAAUUGCUCGAACAAAAAGAUGCUGAUUAUAAGAAAGCUACGGCUGACCUCGAAUUGGCGCUUGCUGAAUUACAGCGAGAAUACACUCAAUCGAAACAGGCAGACGAAGAAAAGAUCUCUCACUUGGAAGAAGAUAUUACACAAGUUAAAUCAGAACUUGCUGGUGCUAAAGCUGUUGAGGAGAAACAGACUGCGGUUAUUCACGAAUUGGAAGAACAGCUGGGGUCCGCCGAAGAGAAACAUUCUAUGGUUGUCGCCGAAUUGGAAGAACAGCUGAGAUCUGUAACUUCCAUUCUUGAAAAUGAAUCAGCGUCCAACAGUUCUACAGUCGAACAGCUACAAGCUUCAAUAGAAAACACCCGAUUGGAACUUGAAAAUGCUAGAGUUGCCGAGAGAGCGCAGACCGAAAGAGUGAACGAACUGGAAACCAAGUUGGCAGAAGCUGAACUUAAGUCAAAGCAAGCUGAAGAAAUAUUCGCAAGUGAUGAAGAUCCGUAUAACACUAUACUACAAAUUAGUAUGCAACACGAUCAAACAAAGCACUUGUUAGAACAAAGAGAUUUAGAUGUUCUAUCAUUGAAAGAAGACCUCUCAAAAGUACAAACCGAGCUCGAACAGGCACAGGCUUCUGAAGCGUUGCAAGUUGAGCUUGUUAAAUCCCUCGAAGAGCAAAUGAAACAAAUCGAGCUUGAACUCGCUCAACACAAAUCAUCUACCCAACCCAACGGUUCGAAUGCGCUUCUAACAGAAAGAAUCAAUGUUCUUGAAGCAGAAAACGAAGGACUUGAACAAGCUAAUAGAACUCUAUUUGAAGAACGAGGGAAGCUGGACCAGAAAGUAGAAUCGUUGAUUCAGCAACUCCAAGCUUCUGGAUCGGAAGGAAAUUCAACGGCAGCAAUGCUUGCUGAACUCAAUCUCAAGAUUAAUUCACUGGAGAAUGAACUUGUGGACAAAAAACAAAAGGCACAGCAGGAUUCUUUAGAAAUGGAGCGAGAAAUUGGAAGGUUGCUUGUCGAAAAUGAAAGACUAGAUCGUGAACUCAAGGAUCGAUCUGAAAUUCACACCAAGGGAGGUCAUGAGUCAUGGGACUCUGGCUAUGUGUCUCUUCCAAGUGCUACCAUACAAGAUGGCGCAUCACAUAAUAUUCUCAACGAUAACACAAUUCCGGCUAAAGUCCAAGCUACCAUAACACAACAGAAUGUACUCAUUAAAUCACUUCAAGAGAAGAUUGCCGAUCUCGAACGAAGGAAUGCACAAAAAGUCGUUAGUGCGCCUACCGUCAACAUGCAAGGUACAGAAAUUGAUGCAAUGGUUAAUGCCGCUCGUACACGUCCCCGAACACGGUCACGUUCGUCUUCUUUCUCAUCAGACAUUGUUAAACGUACCGGACUACGACCAGCCGAAGUACAGAAGCUUCAAAAGAAGAUUGCCAAGUUGGAAGGAGAGAGUGUCCAAAACAGUCAAUUAGUAUCUGAGCUUGAGAAUGAAGUCACCGAAUAUGAAAGGGAGCUCCGUACUGCCAAGCAACAACUUGAUACGCUACGAAAAGAAAAGACCGAAUCAUCAGAGGCUGUGAAGAAGUUACGUCUGCAACUGGAGAAUGCAUUAACAGAACUUGAAAAGGCCAAAUCGGUACAAGAAGAAAAGAGAGAAUUACAGAAUUGCUUUGAAGAGGAGAGGAAGGCUAGAGAGGAAGAGAGAAAAGCUAAAGAGAAGGCGGAGAGAGCUAGGCUGUUGUUAGAGAGUAGAAUGGAAGAGUUAAUAGCAAAGAGAACAAAAAUUAUAUCAAUGAACUUACCAUCACAACCUCCUUCCCCACCGUCGGAACGCUAUGGUAACUGCCGCGAUUGUGGUAGAGCACGUACAAUUUUCAAUUGGUGUCAUGCAUGCGAAUCACAAUGGUUUCAAGAAAACUUUUCAACCUGGACAAGUGGGAACGAGCAGAUUGAUGCCAUUGUUCGUGCCUCGCAAGAAAAUGCCAAACAAGGGGGAGAUUUCUUGGAAUGGAUUCCCUUUGAUCAGUUUGAACUCAUCACGUAUCAUGAGAGGGGCGGAUUCGGUGCAGUAUAUAAGGCUAUCUGGUUAGAAGGACCGAGAAGUGUUUGGGAUGAGAUUUCAUUAGAGUGGAGACGACUGGGUCCUACUAAAGUUGCACUUAAGAGGUUGGAUAAUUCGUGUGGAAUGAGCAAGGAAUUCUUGAAGAAGAUGUCUAAAAAUCAAAACGCUCUUUACAACCACAAUAUGGUAGAUACAUAUGGAAUUACAAGGGACAUGACGGGCUGCUACAUGUUCGUAAUGAAGUUUUACGAGGCUGGCAAUCUCUACGAUUUUAUAGACAAAAAAGGACUGGAGCUAUCUUGGCAAAAAAGAGUGGAAACGAUUUGGGGAAUUUCAGAAGGACUGGAACUUCUCCACAGAAUUGAUUUAAUACAUGGUAAUCUACAUGGAGGCAAUGUGUUAGUGGAUCUGAAUCACGUCUCGAACACAGUAGACGCGCGUAUUGCUGAUGUUGGAUUAAAUGGACCAGCCGACUCAUCUUUAAGUAAUGGUGUAUACGGCGUGUUACCGUAUAUUGCGCCCGAAAUAUUACUCGGGCAGGAAUAUACUAAAGCGGCGGACAUUUACAGUUUCGGUGUGAUCAUGUGGUCUGUUGCUGCUGCGCAAAGGCCAUUUGAUGACAAUCCGCAUAACGAAAGGCUUGCAUACGAGAUAUGUUACAAACAACGCAGGCCAGAGGAAGUUGAUGAAAUACCGAAAGCCUAUAGCCGACUGAUGAUGGAAUGUUGGGAUGAAGAUCAGUCUAAAAGACCAAGCGCGGCUAUAGUAAAUAAGACUAUACAGAGUUGGAUUAUUGAGAUGACAAGCAGGAGUGAGCUGGGUAGGGAUUUCGAUGAGGCCCAACGAUUUACGGAUAGCCUGGCACAAUUUGAAAGAGAAGUGUAUGAUCCGGUAGCAGGCACACAUUAUGUCAGCAGAUUAUUGCGUUUUCCGAAUUUAAGAGACAGAAGCCUUAUUGAGCAGCUAUACGUGAAUGAAGAGCAGGACUACUCAUCCGAUGAAGCAGUCAAUAAUUAUGGAAACAAUCGCCAGUCUGCAUAUCCGGAUAUAUGA